AGAUAUGUGAUUUAAAGCAAACAUGCUUACCAUCAAAAAGCGGAGUAGGUGACCCUUACCCAGGGGUAUACAAAUAUAUGAACGUGACUUACGAAUGUCUUAUCCUAGGAGGAUGGGGAAUUUGGGAACCAUUUGGUGAUUGCUCGGCCACAUGUGGAAAGGGAAUCCAGUCAUUUCAGAGGAAAUGCAAUAACCCUGUUCCGGAAACUAAUGAAACAUACUGUAUUGGUGAUCACAUACAGCACUUAGAAUGUGACGCAAGUCCAUGUGAAGGAAGCUGGGGAUGUUGGCAAGCAGUAGGACAUUGUUCUCAUUCUUGUGGAAAUGGUACCAAAUUGAAGGUUAGAGAAUGCAAUAAUCCUGUUCUAACCAAUGAAGGAACUUAUUGUGAAGGCGAAAAUACAACGUUGGAAUGGUGUAAUCUACGCGAAUGCCCUGUUUACAAAUGGGGGCACCUGAAGAAUCUUAAUCUGACUAUAACGGAGCUGAAAGAAAUAAUGAAAGAAGAGAUAAAUGAACUUAAAACAAACUUGACUGUGGACAACAAAAACACAUCAUCCGCCAUUAGACGAAGAAUCUCAGCACGGGACGACAGACCUUCUGCUGCAUCAUUUGGGUAUUUAGGUGCAGUAUUGUUGGCAACACCAAUUUUAUUAAUGAUAUGCUUGGACUUCAACCGUCUGUUUCCAGAAUGUGUGAAGAGGAGAAUUGCAAAAAAACUUAAAAGAGAAGAGUUCACCAAUAAUACAACGUAGCCGUUUUCAUGUAUGGCAUGCAAGAUUGAUUGAGUUAUCUGUAAACUGUAACGAGUUAUCAAUACUUGAUAAACAUUUGUAAUAGUAGUAUUGUGUAAUAUUUGUUAUAUUUUGCGCUUAUAAACAUUGUAAUAAAACUAACUAAAAUAA